GGCGGCUCCCCCCGCCGUGGGUGCGAGUGGUUCGCUCCGCCCCUCCCUCCCCGCGGGUGGCGGUGGCGCGCUCCGCGCCUGGCGCUCGUUGCGGAACUGGCCGGGCGGCGCAGAGCGCUGAGGCGGCGGCGGCGGUAGCGGGGCAGGUUGGACUUGCCAGACGAUUCCAAGCAGAUUCUGUUCCCCAAGGCAGUCGAUCACGGCUGGCUGGAUAACUGACCACUGGAUCGAUGAACAGAAAUUCACUGAGAUGACAUAGGGAGGGGUGUCAAGGACAAUGGUGCAGAAAAAGAAAACCUGCCCUCGGUUACUUGACUAUCUUGUGAUCAUUGGAGCCAGGCAGCCAAGUAGUGAUAGUGUUGCUCAGACUCCUGAACUGCUGCGACGUUACCCUCUAGAAGACCACGUGGACUUUCCCCUACCACCUGAUGUUGUGUUCUUCUGCCAGCCAGAAGGAUGCCUGAGCAUGCGGCAAAAACGCAUGAGCUUCCGUGAUGACACUUCCUUUGUCUUCACGCUCACAGACAAGGAUACAGGUGUCAUUCGCUAUGGAAUCUGUGUCAACUUCUACCGUUCCUUCCAGAAGCGAGUACCCAAGGAGAAGGGAGAAGGCACGGGGGGCCAUCGAGCUCGGGAGGGACAGAAAUCCACCAAAUCUGGGGACGCAUCUGCACCCCAAGAGGAAGUGGGUACUGAGAGUUCUGAGAGUGGUUCUUCCCUGCAAGCUCCAAGUACAGAGUCUACUCCAGAUGUGAAUCGAUCACCGCGCAGUAAGCGCCUGGCCAAAGGCAGCCAUCGCUCUCGGAACAGCACUCUGACUUCUCUGUGCAUCCUUAGUCAUUAUCCCUUCUUUUCCACCUUUCGUGAGUGUCUGUACACCCUCAAGAGACUUGUGGACUGCUGUAGUGAGAGAUUGUUGGGCAAGAAGUUGGGGAUUCCUCGUGGGGUGCAGAGGGAUACAAUGUGGCGGAUUUUCACAGGCUCCCUCCUGGUGGAAGAAAAGUCUAGUGUGUUGCUACAUGACUUGCGGGAGAUUGAAGCCUGGAUAUACCGGUUGCUCCGCUCGCCAAUGCCUGUCGCUGGUCAGAAGCGGGUGGAUGUGGAAGUCUUGCCACAUGAAUUGCAGCCAGCUUUGACCUUUGCUCUUCCUGAUCCAUCCCGCUUCACCUUGGUGGAUUUCCCUUUACAUCUGCCUUUGGAGUUGUUGGGAGUGGAUGCCUGCCUGCAGGUGCUGACCUGCAUCCUUCUGGAGCACAAGGUUGUAUUGCAGUCCCGAGAUUAUAAUGCACUCUCAAUGUCUGUGAUGGCCUUUGUGGCUAUGAUCUACCCGUUAGAGUACAUGUUCCCAGUGAUCCCUCUGCUUCCCACCUGCAUGGCCUCUGCAGAACAGUUGCUUCUAGCCCCUACACCUUAUAUCAUUGGUGUUCCAGCAAGUUUCUUCCUUUAUAAACUGGAUUUUAAAAUGCCUGACGAUGUAUGGCUGAUUGACCUGGAUACCAAUAGGGUGAUCGUUCCUACAAAUGCAGAAUCUUUGCCAGCACUGCCAGAACCAGAAGCUUCAGAGCUGAAAAAACAUCUGAAACAGUGUCUGGUUAGCAUGACUGCAAUCACUCAGAAACAGCUGCUCACUCCUGACAAAAAGGCACUGGCCAGCAUGAGUCUGAAUACUCAGCCCAUUCUUAAUCUAGAGAAGUUCCACGAGGGGCAGGAAGUGUCACUGCUGCUGGGAAGACCGCAGAAUGAUUUGCAGUCUACUCCCUCCACAGAAUUCAACCCUCUGAUCUAUGGAAAUGACGUGGACUCUGUGGAUGUGGCUACCAGGGUUGCUAUGGUGAGAUUCUUCAACUCGCCCAAUGUUUUGCAAGGUUUCCAGAUGCAUACUCGCACUCUUCGUCUCUUCCCACGACCAGUGGUGGCCUUCCAGGCAAAUUCUUUUCUUGCCUCUAGGCCGAAGCAAACACCUUUUGCAGAUAAGCUUUCCAGGACACAGGCAGUAGAGUACUUUGGAGAAUGGUCACUCAACCCUACUAACUAUGCUUUCCAAAGAAUUCAUAACAACAUGUUUGACCCAGCACUGAUUGGUGACAAACCAAAGUGGUAUGCUCACCAGCUGCAGCCCAUCCACUAUCGUGUCUAUGACAGUAAUUCACAGCUGGCUGAAGCGCUGAAUGUUCCAGCAGAGAAAGAAACAGAUUCUGAUCCCACUGAUGACAGCAGUGGCAGUGACAGUGUCGACUAUGAUGACUCGAGUUCUUCCUACUCCUCCCUCGGGGACUUUGUCAGUGAGAUGAUGAAAUGUGACAUUAAUGGCGAUACCCCAAAUGUUGACCCCCUGACUCACGCAGCCCUUGGUGAUGCUAGUGAAGUGGAGUUUGAUGAUUUUCAAGAAUAUUCAGGGGAUCUGGAUGAACAGGCCAUGGACAGUGAAAACUCCCAAGAAAACAACCAGCCUCGUUCAAGUUCCAGUACUACAGCCAGUAGCAGCCCCAGCACUGUCAUCCAUGGAGUGAAUCAUUUGUAUGUAACGCAAAUUAGCGAACAGAUCAAUGAUUUGACUGGUCCACAGGAGUCAGCAGAUACAGCAGAAAUUGAAGAGAAGUUGGUUGCUGGAUUUUCAAACCACCUCCCUUCCUUGCCACUGCAACCAAGCUUUCCCAAGAUAAGCUUGGAUCGUGGUGAGAGCGACGGUGCAGCUGGCAGCACGAGCUCCUCGGAAGGGGUGCUGAGGAAGCGGGAGUAUGACAAUCCAUACUUUGAACCACAGUAUGGUUUUCCUACGGAAGAUGAAGAUGAUGAGCAGGAAGAGAGCUACACCCCAAGAUUUAACCAGAAUCUCAAUGGAAGCAGGUCUCAGAAGUUACUCCGUCCAAACAGUUUAAAACUGGCCAAUGAUUCUGAUGCAGAUUCAGAUUCCAGGGCCAGCUCCCCAAACUCUACUGUCUCCAACAACAGCAGUGAAGGUUUUGGGGGCAUCAUGUCUUUUGCAAGCAGCCUGUACAGAAACCACAGCACAAGUUUCAGUCUGUCCAACUUAGCCCUACCAACCAAAGUUGGGAGAGACAAGAGUACUCCCUUUCCCAGCCUGAAAGAUUACUUUAAUCUGGAAGUGGGAAGGGAUGUGAAUGAAGUAUUUGGGUUAAAUACUAUAAUGGAGAUUAUUACUGAAGCUGGCCCAGUAAGCAAUGAAGGAAACAGGCGAGCCCUUGUGGAUCAAAAGUCUUCAGUGAUUAAGCACAGCCCAACGGUGAAGAGAGAAUCUCCAUCACCUCAGGGACGAACUAGCAAUUCCAGUGAGAACCAGCAGUUCCUGAAGGAGGUGGUACACAACGUUCUCGAUGGGCAAGGUGUUGGCUGGCUGAACAUGAAGAGAGUCCGACGUCUGCUGGAGAGUGAGCAGCUCCGUGUCUUUGUACUAAGCAAGCUGAAUCGCACAAUCCAGUCGGAAGAAGAUGCUCGACAAGAUGUCAUUCAGGAUGUGGAGAUCAGCCGCAAGGUUUAUAAAGGCAUGCUGGACUUGCUGAAGUGCACAGUGUUGAGCCUGGAGCAGUCUUAUGCAAAUGCUGGCCUGGGAGGCAUGGCCAGUGUUUUUGGCCUGCUCGAGAUAGCACAUACGCACUAUUACAACAAAGAACCAGAAAAAAGAAAACGAAGUCCAACGGAUGGAUCUGUCACUCCAGUUGGCAAGGAUCCUGCGUCAUCCCCAAGAGUGGAGCCAAAACCUGCGAUGCAGCUGCCGGUACCUCAGCUAAUGCCAAAGGCACCGAGCCCUGCAGGCAAAGGGCCAAGGGAGUUUGACACAAGGAGUCUAAAGGAAGAAAAUUUUAUUGCUUCCAUUGAAUUGUGGAACAAGCACCAGGAAGUGAAAAAGCAAAAAUCUUUGGAAAAAACGAGGCCAGAAGGUGUGAAACACUUUGAUUUGGGAGAAACGGAUGAGAAGAAAUCCCAGAUCAGUGCAGACAGUGGCCUCAGUUUGGCCUCAGGUUCUCAGAAGAGCGAUUUCGACUCUGUUCCCACUGGAGGACCGGCGGUUAUGGUCCGAAGUACCAGCCAGGAUUCUGAAGUUAGCACAGUGGUUAGUAACAGUUCCGGAGAGACAUUAGGAGCAGACAGUGACUUGAGUAGCAACGCUGGUGAUGGCCCGAGUGUGGAGAAUGGUGGCAAUCUGGCAGGAUCCAGAGGCACUGUGUCAGACAGUGAAAUUGAGACAAACUCUGCUACUAGCUCUAUCUUUGCGAAGUCUCACAACCUGAAGCAGAGUGUGAAGGACAGCAAAGGCAGUACUCCAGGGAGAGGUCCAGAGGAUGGGAACCAACGUGUCUAUCUCUAUGAAGGACUUUUAGGUAGGGAUAAAGGAUCUGUCUGGGACCAGUUAGAGGAUGCUGCAAUGGAAACCUUCUCUAUGAGCAAAGAGCGUUCGACUUUGUGGGACCAGAUGCAGUUCUGGGAGGAUGCUUUUUUGGAUGCUGUGAUGCUAGAGCGAGAAGGAAUGGGGAUGGACCAGGGACCUCAGGAGAUGAUUGACAGGUAUCUUUCCUUGGGAGAACAUGAUCGAAAGCGUUUGGAGGAUGAUGAGGACCGCUUGUUGGCUACGCUGCUGCAUAAUAUGAUUGCUUACAUGCUUAUGAUAAAGGUGAAUAAGAAUGAUAUCAGGAAAAAGGUGCGUCGUCUAAUGGGAAAAUCACAUAUUGGAUUGGUGCACAGCCAGCAAAUAAAUGAUAUUCUAGACAAACUUGCUAAUCUGAAUGGACGGGAGCUCCCUGUAAGACCCAGUGGCAGCCGCCACAUCAAGAAGCAGACUUUUGUAGUACAUGCUGGGACAGACACAACAGGAGACAUAUUUUUCAUGGAGGUAUGUGAUGAUUGCAUUGUGCUGAGAAGCAACAUUGGAACUGUGUAUGAGCGGUGGUGGUAUGAGAAACUCAUCAACAUGACUUACUGUCCCAAAACAAAAGUGCUGUGCCUCUGGCGGAGGAACGGUCAGGAGACACAACUGAACAAGUUCUACACCAAGAAGUGUCGGGAAUUAUACUACUGUGUGAAAGACAGUAUGGAGCGAGCAGCAGCAAGACAGCAAAGCAUUAAACCAGGCCCUGAGUUGGGUGGUGAGUUCCCUGUGCAGGAUAUGAAAACUGGUGAAGGAGGUCUUCUUCAGGUCACACUGGAAGGAAUUAACCUGAAGUUUAUGCACAGUCAGGUUUUCAUAGAGCUGAAUCACAUUAAAAAGUGCAAUACUGUGCGAGGAGUCUUUGUCCUGGAGGAAUUUGUUCCUGAAACUAAAGAAGUGGUGAGCCACAAGUACAAGACGCCAAUGGCUCAUGAGAUCUGCUACUCCGUGCUGUGUCUCUUCUCUUAUGUGGCUGCCAUUCGUGGAAAAGAGGCAGAAAACAAAAGCAAACCACCUCGACCAGUUUCCAGUUGAUCAUGAUAUUGGGAAAUACCUACCCUUUGGCACGUUCACAUGCAGUACUCCCAUUUUUACGGCAGUUACUGGAGCUGACUUUGCUGUCUUCUAUGAGAACUUGAUUAUUUAUGUAUGACCCUGCAAGUCUUUCCCCAUAGAAAAUCCUAAGACUUCGCUACUCAGUCUCCUCCUGAAUUCAUCCUUAAUGGAGUUUUUAUAUGAGGUGUUAAUCAGACAGUUUUGAGCAUCUGCGUCCAGCUGUGACCUCCUCUGGCCAUUCCUUUGGAAUUCCUUUUUUCUUAAGAUGACUAACAGCUUGAGUUAAGUUGGGUUUUUGUUUCUAGUGGUACUUGUUACAGAUUAAUCACUUUACAACUGCAGGCAUCUGCUUUCAGAUCCUCUGGUAUGUGCACAGUGGAAGCAGUCUGGUCCUGCAUGUUGUUCAAAUCUAGUGUUUUGUUUUCCUUCUGUGUCGUUCAUUUUUACCCACCAACUUGGAGUUCUUGUCACGUAGUUCUUCAGACCCUUUUGGUAGAGAUCAACAAUUUAGCUACUGUAGUCUUAAAAUAUCAUGUGACGAUUGAAGUUUGGCUGUUAAAUUGGACCAUCUGUGGAGAUGACUGCUUCUCGAGUGGGAAAAGAAGUGGAGAGAGAAACUCUGAAGGCAGUGUAUUGUGAAGAACCCUGACACCUCAUGGCUUGUGUAGAUUUUCAAAUGGGAGUUCAGGUAACAUUUGUAGAUAUCGCAGCUGUAGAUACAUAUAAGCACUGCUGAAAGUGGUUAACUACAGGCAUUGGAAAAUGCGUAAGGAAAUGUAAACUUUGGAAAUAUAAUUGGCAGAAGCACAGGGCAGACCCAUGUCUUUUUGGGUUUGUUAACUAUACUCUACACAAGGUAUUCCUAUAGCAGUCUGCAGAACGUGUUCAGAAGCCCAAAGGAUUAUGCUGUCUCUAAAUUGUUUAAGCUAUUGCUUUUUCUCAAUCUGUACCUGUAUAUCAAGGAAUCUUGCAAAUACCAUGUUAAUAUACAAUGAAACUCCCACACUUAAAACUAUCCAUCACGUUCCUUAUUUUAAGUAGGCUGGAUAUGAAUGUUUUUUGCAUCCUGUUUUUGUUCUUGAACUGUACUGCACUUGUCUGGAAAGCUCUUGGGAUGCUGGAAGGAGAGACUGUCUAGAGAAAAUAAUGUUACAUGUAAAAUACCUGGAAAAAAUGCUCUGAUGCAUACUGAUGUAUUGUAUGUUUUGACAUAGAAUUCUGAGUAAAUGCACCCAGAAAUAACCCUGUUUUGGCUUGGUCAGGGUACCUACCGUUUUGAAUGGAAUACACUAGUAAUGGGGGAGGAAAUUAUGUAAAUAUUACAGUACCACAUCUAUUUAUAGAAACUGUACAGCGCUCUGAAUGUGAAAAUAAAAUGUCAUUCAACCAGCAA